UUUGACAAGGUCUUUAUUAUUUAUCCAUCAACCAUUUUAUGCCAGCCUCUCUUUUAUGUUAUCAACAAAGAAUAAAGCUAGAAACCAUCCAACCGUGUACCAUUUUGGAUCAACAAAUUUAAGAUAAUAAAGAACAAAAUUGCAUAACAUAAAAUGGAAGGAGUUAUUGGAAUUUUGAAGCUAAGUAUAAAGAAGGGGACGAAUCUUGCGGUUCGUGAUAGGACUCGUGGAACAAGCGAUCCUUAUGUAGUUGCAACCUUGGAUCAUCAGAAAACAAAGACUAAGGCGGUGAGGGACAAUUGCAACCCGGAGUGGCAUGAUGUUUUGACAAUGACCAUAAAGGAUCCCAAAGUUCCAAUCAAACUUACGGUAUAUGAUAGAGACACAUUUAGCGAAGACGAUAACAUGGGGGUAGCAAAUGUGGACGUAAAUCCAUACAUCGAGUGUUUACGAAUGGGCUCAGACUUUCACGACCUCCCUGAUGGUACCAAACUUGAAACCGUUCAACCUAAUGACCAUAACCACUUAGUAGAGGAGAGUGAUAUCAUUUGGAAAAAGGACGCCAUCACACAAGAUAUGCUUCUGCAGUUGAGAAACGUAGAAACCGGUCAAAUUGAGGUGCAAAUUGAGAUCACUCCAGUCGAAAAUCACCAUUUAAUCCUCUGAUCCCCGAGACCUUGGAGGUCUUAUUAUGGCACCGAGCACGGAACAUAUAGUUUUAUAGAUUGUGAAAAUAUUAGAUUGAGUUAAAGGUAUUGUAGUUCUCGAGUA